AUGACAAGCAAGCACAGUCUGAGGAACCCAAAGGAUAUGCAGUACGCAUUCUCAUACUUUUAUUACUUGAUCCACAAGAAGGUACCAUUCGACUUGGAUAAGUUAUGGGCCAAGGAGAUAGAUAUCAAUCGCGAUGGAUAUUUGAAUGAGAACGAACUGCGAACACUUGCCAUCAAUGUAUUUAGCACACCAUUGAAGCCUACAACAUUCAAAGAGUUCAAGUCCGACCUCUACAAGACAUGUAUGGAGUUGCGACAUCCCACACCGGCACCUGUGAUUGUGGAAGAAUCCUCCUCCUCCGACUCUAGCGACUCAUCAUCUUCCUCUUCAGAGUCGUCUGAGGACUCAGGAUCAACCGCGGCAGUUCCAGUGAUCCCAGCAACUCAGACAGCCACAGCCACAGCCGUAGCUACAGCCACAGCCACAGUCACAGCUACUACCGCGCCAAAAGCCACUACCCCAGCAGUCGACAACAACACACUGGAAGUUGGCCAGAAAGAGUUGGAAGCAUGUCGUAUCGAUUUGGAAGUGUUGAAGGCUUCGAACAAGACACUGAUGGAGAUUCACAAGUCCUAUGCCAAGCGCACAAUGUACAGAACGUCGAUUGAGGGCACGGACGAGGUGGCAUUCCUCAUGGUGGACGACAAUGACAAUUCGACACAGACAAAGUUGGAUGGAGUUAGACAGCGACGCCACAAGUUCAUCUGUCUCAACGACAACAUCAACCAUGACAAGCCAACAGCACAUCUUGUGAUCAAGGUCAUCCAUGACUUUUACGAAUCACUAUUCCCCUUCCCAUCCUCCUUUGAGUUGCCACCUGGACAGACCAAUCACUUUAGAUACAUACAUGAGAUCAUUGAUAAGAAACAAGAGGAGAACAACAAGAACAACACAUUCAUUUAUAUCUUUGGUGUUGUUGGUGUAAUGAUUGUUAUGUUGAUGUGGAAACGAUCAAAGAGAUCAUCCAAUGGCAACCAUCACAGUAUCAAUGGUAUCAUUGGUGGUGUUGGUAACAAGUCAGCAGCGAAGCAACGUAGCAACAAAAGAUACAUGAUAGUAUAA